ACAAGACAGGAAAACAAACAGAAAAGGCUUUACGGCCAGACGAGAAAAAUUAUGUAUAUAUAUAUAUAUAUAUAUACAUACACAUAUACGACGAGCUUCUUUCAGUUUCUGUCUACCAAAUCCACUCACAAGACUUUGGUCGACCCGAGGCUAUAGUAGAAGACACUUGGCCAAGAUGCCACGCAGUGGGACUGAACCCAGAACCAUGUGGUUGCCUUUGCCUAUUUCAUCUGGAUUUCACAAGACAGCAGCCUCCAUUUCACCAUUCAAAGCUACUACAAACAGCUCACCUGUAAAGGAGACCUCUCUUCCUCCUAAAUCUUCUACACCUGAGAAGAAAGACGUAUCAACUAAUAAGGAACACAUUCCCCCAGAAUUCCACCAAGCUUCUACUUCAAAUGACCAAACCAACAAUGUAACAAAACCAAGCUGUAAUGAUUCUUCAAGUAAAUCAACAUCGGAAAUUUCCUCUGAUACAUCUGAAAAUAAGAAAACUGAUAAUCUGAAAGCAGAUGAUCCUUUGAAAAGUGCCAACUCUGCUCAACCCACCGUGACCAGUAGAGCUUACAGUAAUUCCAUUAUAGUUAACUCGAGACAGAGAGGAAAUCCAAUUUUAAAAAGUAUCCGGAAUGUUCCAUGGGAAUUUGGCAACAUUGUACCUGAUUAUGAAAUGGGGAAAGCUUGUUGUGCUCUUUUUCUUAGUUUGCGGUAUCACCAGUUGCACCCAGAAUAUAUACACAAACGACUUGUGUCCCUUGGUAAAAGCUAUGACUUGAGAAUAAUGCUUGUUCAAGUUGAUGUGAAAGACUGUUCCUAUCUUUUGAAAGACUUGGGGAAAAUGUGCAUCCUUGCCAACUGUACAUUAAUUCUUGCAUUUUCACCUGAAGAAGCUGGUCGUUAUCUCGAAACAUAUAAAGUCUAUGAGAAUAAACCACCUGAUGCCAUCAUGGAAAAGCCUGAUAAAGAUUAUAUAUCAAUGCUGACAGAAUGUUUAACUUCUGUGAAACAAAUCAACAAGACUGACUGUGCCAAUAUCAUCUCCAAAUUUAUGUCAUUAGAGGCCGUCAUUCAGAGUAAUGAAAAAGAUUUUACAUUUUGCCCUGGUUUGGGACCACGGAAGGCUGAGCAACUGUACAAUGUUUUCCAUGAGCCAUUUUUAAAAAGAAGAAAACUACCAUCAAACAAUGAUGAAGUUGUUGAAACUAGCCCAAAGAAGUAAACAUUGCUGGUCACCCUCAUUUUCCUGAUCACAGAAAGAACACAGUAACUAUGAUGGAGAUAAAACAGAAAAGCUGCUCAGUUUAUCAUCAGCAAAAAAUGUGAUGUAUAUUGUAACAAAUGUAUUGGAUUAACUUGACAAUACUAUUGUCUUAUAUUUGUUUUAGGAAGCAGUAUAUGAAAUGACGUAGCCUUUAUUGAGAUUUUCUGUCUGACAAAAAAUCUCUAAAGCUUCUUAUAAUUAUGUGCAUGUACAUCUAUAAAUGCCAUUUAUAUGUAUGUAACUGAACAUACAUACAUACAUACGUUUUCUUUUUUAUCUAAAUAACCAUCUGAUGGUUGGAUUCUCAUUUUCAACUUUAGUUAGGCUUCAUUAGUAAUGACAUAAAUUCCAACCCUGUUAUCGAGUCACUAAUGGAGCACAAUUGAGUUAACAAAAAAAAAGUAACAUCAGAAAGUAAUCAUAAAAAUGUGUAUCAGCAACCAUCUGAAUAACAAAAGAUGGCUUCAUCAAAAUAACACCUUGAUAAUUGUGAUAGACAUCAAAACAAACAGAUAUAUAAACAAGUGAAUGGUAAUAGGAAUAUGUAAAUAUUUACAUGAAAGUAAAAAACAAACAAAAAAAAACAAAAUCAUACGUAAUACACACACACAUGCAUGAAUAUAUACUCCUGCAUAUAUGUAUGUGUAAUAUAUAUAUGUAUGUGUGUGUAUGUGUAUACAUACAUACACAUACACACUAACGUAAAUGUAUAUAUAAUGGCUGACUAAAUAGAGUGUAUCAUAGCGUUACAUGUGAGAAUGACAAUGGCUCUUGAAUCCUGCCAGCAGCUUACAAAACUUGAUGCAGGUUCAACGUUCAUACAAAUUCUUUUGACUUCUUGGUUGUUCCGGAUCAUUCUAAUGAUUUUCUCUGUGCAUCCUCAUGUGCCUAGGUAAACCCGAGUGAUUUAUACGUGUUUUCUGGCACACAGUGCAUGUGAAGUUGGCCCCAACCAGAAAGUUGUAGUUUGUAAUAGAUCUUUUUCGUGGCUUCUCUGAUGGGUCACCAGGCCUGUGUGAGACGUACAUAUGCAGCCAUAGACCUCACAGACUUGAUGAGGAACUGUAGGGUCAACGAAAUUGUCUUUUCAUGCUGAUCUUCUGCAUGACCGCUCAUUUUUAUUUCACUGGAAUGUGCUCAUUCUGUCAUAGUCCAGAUUUUUUUGUCAUGUGAUAUGUCUUCUCGCUCCUGUUAUGAAAUCAUACAGAUUCCAAGCAGUUCUUUUAAGUUGUCCUUAAAUCACUUUCUCGACUUACGCUGCAGUCAAAUACUUUGCAACAGUGUGCCAAACAACAUCUACUUUGGAAUUUGGCUUUCAUCAAAACACACAACAUAAUCAGCCCAGUGCAUAUAGUGAUGAUGGAUGUGAGCUUCAAUACUCACUGCAUUUGCAUAUGUCAGCAUCCUAAUGCACUUAUGCAAACUGGAAACAGUAUAUGCCUUGACAUAUGCUAAGGUAAAUAUAUACACACACAGACAUGUGUUUAUGUACAUAGAUAUAUAAAUACACACUUGUACAUAUAUGAGGACCAAGUAUGCCUUUCAAAUUGUCAUACAAUACUCUCAAGUUGUGCAAGUUAGCAGCCAGUUCCAAUUCUUGGGUUUUUCUUUGCUCACUGAAGAUUUUCUAUUUCAUGCAAUUUUUUUGAGCAAUUUUCUUAGAGGAUGCAUAUAAGGAUCUGUGUGAUAGUGAGUUUUUGUUUGAGAUCCAUACGUUGUAUUUUUCAUGCAUAGUUUUUAGAUGUUUUGUUUGAGAAUCAUUCACACUGAACCAAUUUUGAUGCUUGUGAUUGAUUAAUCUUAGAAUUUCUUCAGCAGAUGAUUUAAUUCUGUUAUUAAGAUUACAUCACAAAGCUUCAGGAUCAUUGCUUUUCUCUAUAUUCUCAAGUUUUGAAUUUAGAUACAUUCCAAAAUUUUGUAUCAUUUCAGGAUUUUUUAAUGAAGGCACAUUUAUUCUAGAAAUCUUAAUUUCCUCUUUGUAUAUGGUUUAACAAAUACCUGAUUGCAAGCCAUUCUGUAAUCCAAGUAACUCUUGGGAAUUUUAUGAGCUCUUGUUGAUCUGACAUCACAGAAAUUUUUGCUCUUAGCUAUGCCAGUCAAGCAUGUGCCAGUUAUCUGAUUGUGGAGACUUACAGGCAUUUUUAUAUUUAAUGACUGGCUGAAAUACUGUCUGUGAUUAUAAGACCAAAUUAUUCACAAAAAGACAACAGUUGUAAACCACUUGCAUUCAUCUUUCCUGUUCCAUGUUUUCCUACUACUUUUGCCCAUACAGUGUAUUUGUUACCUGUUCUGGCAUUAAAAUGGCCCAUUAAUAUGACUUUGUCAUGAUACAGAAUUUUACUUAUAACUCUUUGUAAUUUAAUGUAGAAAAUGUUAUGUUCUUGCUGAGGCUCUGUAGGUGUAUAUGCACUGAUAAUGUGCAUAAACGAUGAAUUACUUAUGGGUAUACAAAAGGUCAUGUGAUGCUCAUCAACAGCUUGGGGAAUGGAUGGCAGCUUAUGAAGUAAAGUGGAUUUAAUGGCAAAUCCAACUCCAUGAAUUCUUGACUGAUCUGCUGGCUUUCCACUCUCAAAAUAUGCAUAGCUACUUCCAACUUCUAAUUCAUCAGAAUUUGCAAACCUGAUUUCACUUAGAACAGCAAUAUCAAUAUUAUAUGAACCAAUUACCUUUGCAGUUAAUGCUGUUUUUUUGUUCCAGACUCUAAUUUGGAUUUUAAUGGUCUGUGUAGUAGUAAGAAUGUUAAAAUGUUCUGCUAAGCAGAGUUGUUACCAAUGAAAUGUGCUGGAGCUGAUUCUAUAAUGACCGAUUUAAUGCUAUAGUUGAUUCCUUUGUUUUUUUAAACUUCAAAUAUACUUUGAAAGUUUUGUUAUAGACUUUUUUUGUCCUCAUCUGAAAGUGUAUAUAUGCUGAGUAUGUCUUCAUUUAAAAGUGUUAUCUAUGGGUAAAUUAAAACUUCCUUAUAAUAGUCCCUCAGUUGGCACUCUGUUGCUUACAACGUUGAGGGUUCCAGUUGAUCCGAUCAACGGAACAGCCUGCUCGUGAAAUUAACGUGCAAGUGGCUGAGCACUCCACAGACACGUGUACCCUUAACGCAGUUCCUGGGGAUAUUCAGUGUGACACAGUGUGACAAGGCUGACCCUUUGAAUUACAGGCACAACAGAAACAGGAAGUAAGAGUGAGAGAAAGUUGUGGUGAAAGUGUACAGCAGGGUUCGCCACCAUCCCCUGCUGGAGCCUCGUGGAGCUUUAGGUGUUUUUGCUCAAUAAACACUCACAACGCCCAGUCUGGGAAUUGAAACCGCGAUCCUAUGACCAC